AUGACGAUCGCUUCCCUUAUCUUGUAUGGUUUGGUUGGCUUAUUUUUGACUCUCGUCUACUUGGCGGCCGGACCGAUCGGAUGGAUGCUAUUGGGUGCGACGGUAACAAUGAUGUUCUGUGCUCUGAUGGCCAUUUGUCAACCGAAACCGGCUUGGAUGCAAAUUUAUUGGGUCGUAUCGCUACCGAUGACAGUUUUUCUUCUUCUAAUCUACCUCAUUCAAGCCAUCAUUUUUACACUUCAGUACAUUCAAGCCACAAGCCGAAAUCUUCCACAAGAUAAACAAACUGAGGCCCUGGAUGCGCUCAUUGGCAGCAUCGUGAGCUUAAUUCUCUUGGCUGUGAUUUCCGUUUGGGCUCUGCGUCUCACUUGGUCAUACUAUUGUUAUCUCAGAGACAAGCAACUUUAUGAUGAACAACACGGUAAUGGCAAUGUGAAUGUCGUCGUUUACAACAAUCAGCAACAGCCACAGCAAGGGAAAUUC